GGCUCCAUCGAGUAUGAGUUCAUGAUGAAGCGGCGACUGGAGGAUCAGGAAACGGUUUUUGCGUCCCAGCAGCGGCGCCUCCCCGGCAACGCCGAGACCUUCCAGCACCGCGUCCUGGCCCCGGCGCCGCCGGCGGUGUAUGAGGCAGCGGUCGACAACAUGCAGCCCACCGCAGGCGUCCAGUACUCGGUCCCGCAGGGAUACCAGGUUCCCACGGUGGCCCAGAACAGCAGUGGCCACGGACAUGCGCCGAGCCCAGCCGUCCAUGGGGGGUCUCACCACCACACCCCCGCAGUCGUCCAAUCCCACGGUCCCCCGGUGAUGCCGGCGCACAGCCACGCGACUGCUUCUCAGGCCUCGGCGCAGGGCCAGCAGCAGUUCCAGCGGCUCAAGGUGGAGGACGCAUUGUCCUACUUGGACCAAGUCAAGUUGCAGUUUGGCAACCAGCCUCAGGUUUACAACGACUUCCUGGACAUCAUGAAAGAGUUCAAGUCUCAGAGCAUCGACACCCCGGGUGUCAUCAGCAGAGUGUCGCAGCUCUUUAAAGGACACCCUGAUCUCAUCAUGGGCUUCAAUACUUUCCUACCGCCCGGUUACAAAAUCGAGGUGCAGACCAACGACCUGGUCAACGUGACGACGCCCGGACAAAUCCACCACAUCACCCCGCAUGGCAUUUCGGUACAGAACAUCCCCAUCACGGGAGCGCCCGGCUCCCAGCACCCUGCCCAGGCGCCGCCCACCGCCACCACUAGCGCGCCGGCCCUCCUCACGCAGCCUGUCCCUGCCAAAAUGAACAAACCCCAGACGCCGACGCCAGGCAGCCAGACUAACCCGUCCAUCCCGGCGUACUCAGCGCCUCACUCUCCGCCCGUCCCUCUCCACCCGCCUCUCAGCGGGAUGCCCACCGCCGGCCUACCGGCGCAAAACAACCAGCCGGUGGAGUUCAACCAUGCCAUCAACUAUGUCAAUAAGAUCAAAAACCGCUUCCAGGGUCAGCCCAACAUCUAUAAAGCAUUCCUGGAGAUCCUGCACACGUACCAGAAGGAACAACGGAAUGCAAAGGAGGCUGGUGGGAACUACACCCCGGCUCUGACGGAGCAAGAGGUGUAUGCUCAGGUUGCACGGCUCUUUAAGAACCAAGAAGACCUACUCUCCGAAUUUGGACAAUUUCUUCCAGAUGCCAACAGUUCAGUGCUACUAAGCAAGACAACAGCUGAAAAAGCCGAGUCGGUACGGAACGAUCACGGUGGAACCACCAAGAAAAUGCAACUCAACAACAAGCAGAGGCCCAAUCAGAACGGUUGUCAAAUCCGCCGCCAUCCAACUCCCGGGGCAACGCCCCCUAUCAAGAAGAAGCCCAAGUUACUAAAUUUGAAAGAUUCAUCCUUGGCUGAGACUAGCAAGCAUGGAGUUGGAACUGAAUCGCUGUUUUUUGAGAAGGUGCGAAAAGCCUUGCGGAGUACGGAGGCCUACGACAGCUUCCUGCGAUGUCUAGUCGUCUUCAACCAGGAGGUGAUAUCCCGGGCCGAGCUGGUGCAGCUGGUGGUGCCCUUCCUAGGUAAAUUCCCAGAACUAUUCACUUGGUUCAAAAACUUUCUGGGGUACCGAGAAAUGUCCCACAUCGAGGCGUACCCCAAGGAACGGGCCACUGAGGGCAUCGCCAUGGAGAUUGACUACGCUUCCUGCAAGAGGCUUGGCUCCAGUUACAGAGCGCUGCCCAAAAGCUACCAACAACCUAAAUGCACUGGGAGAACGCCACUUUGUAAAGAGGUGCUUAACGACACCUGGGUGUCUCUGCCAUCUUGGUCAGAAGACUCCACCUUCGUCAGCUCCAAAAAGACGCAGUACGAGGAGCACAUUUACAGGUGUGAGGACGAGCGAUUUGAGUUGGACGUGGUGCUAGAAACCAACCUGGCAACCAUCCGAGUUCUGGAGGCCGUACAACGAAAGAUAUCGCGAAUGUCGGCGGAGGAUCAGGCCAAAUUCCGCUUGGACAACACGCUGGGUGGCUCUUCUGAGGUGGUGCACCGGAAAGCCAUCCAGAGGAUAUACGGCGACAAAGCCCCGGACAUUAUCGACGGCCUGAAGAAGAACCCGGCCGUUUCCGUCCCCAUCGUGUUGAAAAGGCUAAAGACCAAGGAAGAGGAGUGGCGGGAAGCCCAGCGAGGUUUCAACAAGAUCUGGCGGGAGCAGAACGAGAAGUAUUACCUCAAGUCCCUGGACCAUCAGGGCAUUAACUUCAAGCAGAACGACACCAAAGUGCUACGCUCCAAGUCCCUGCUCAACGAGAUCGAAGGCAUAUACGACGAACGCCAAGAACAAGCAUCCGAGGAGAACGCCAGCCCGCCAGCAGGCCCCCACUUGACCCGCACGUACGAGGACCGGCAAAUCCUUGAAGAUGCGGCAGCUCUCAUCAUCCACCACGUCAAACGUCAAACCGGCAUUCAGAAGGAGGACAAGUACAAGAUCAAGCAGAUCAUGUACCACUUUGUCCCCGACUUACUAUUUGCACAGCGCGGCGAGCUCUCUGACGUGGAGGAAGAAGAGGAAGAGGAGGACGAGGAGAUGGACGUGGAGGACGGCGCCCCCUCCAAGAAGCACAAUGGCAUCCCUGGUAGCGGCGGUGGAAGCCCCUCCAAGUCCAAACUACUGUUCAGCAACACGGCGGCUCAGAAAUUACGGGGCUGCGACGACGCGUACAAUCUUUUCUACGUCAACAAUAACUGGUACAUCUUCCUGCGGUUGCACCACACGCUUUGCUCACGACUCCUCCGCCUCAACUGGCAAGCGGAGCGGCAGAUUGAAGAGGACGUGCGGGAACGAGAGUGGGAACGGGAAGUGCUCGGACUCAAGAAGGAGAAGCAUGACAACCCGGCUAUCCAACUGAGACUUAAGGAGCCUAUGGACAUUGACGUGGAGGCUUACUACACGGCCUUCUUGGAGAUGGUCCGCAAUUUAUUGGAUGGCAACAUGGAGGCAUCUCAGUAUGAGGACUCGCUAAGGGAAAUGUUCACCAUUCAUGCGUACAUCGCCUUCACGAUGGACAAGCUCAUACAGAGCAUCGUCCGGCAGCUCCAGCACAUCGUAAGCGAUGAGAUCUGCAUCCAGGUGACGGACCUCUACUUGGCCGAGAGUCCAAAUGGCGCUUGCGGGGGAUCCAUGUCCACGCUGUCUUCCAGGAGCACCUCGGAGGCCGCCUACCAGCGGAAAGCGGAGCAGCUUAUGUCGGAAGAGAACUGCUUCAAGGUAAUGUUCGUGAGGAACAGAGGCUUGGUGCAGCUAACGUUAGAGCUGCUCGACACUGAGGAGGAGAACUCUGAUGAACCUAUGGAGGCUGAGCGGUGGUCCGAUUACGUGGGACGUUACUUGAACCCAGACAGCACCACUCCUGAGCUGAGUGAGCAUCUGGCUCAGAAGCCUGUUUUUCUGCUCAGGAAUCUGCGACGGAUACGGAAGUACCAGAAGUGUCGCGAACAGCAGGAUAAGGAUGCUGCCGAGGGAGGAAAGCAGCCACUGGACAAGGAGAAGAUGGAGUGCAUGUUCAAGCUCAACUCUUACAAAAUGGUGUACGUCUUCAAGUCUGAGGACUACAUGUACAGACGCACUGCGCUAAUGCGAGCGCACCAGUCCCACGAGCGCGUGAGCACUCGCCUCCACAAGCGCUUCCAGGCGUGGUUGGCGACGUGGGCGGAAGAGCACGUCAGCGCCGACGCGGCCGCCGAUACCGACAAGUGGCUAAUGGGCGAUGGACGCGAUGGACUUUUGCCCUGCAGCACCGCACGCCAGCCCGAGGUCCUCCACUUUCGCAAUGUCAACAAAUAUCGCGUCAAGUACAACCCGUAG